UACUAUUGAAACACGCCUACGGUAAUGAAUGUUUUUGUUUUAAAUACGGCGUCAGAGGUCUCUUUGUAAAUAUUGCAUAGAUGCACUUAAUCUGUUAAUUCAGAUAUUGGCGUUCUUUGUUCCUUCUUUCACACAGAUGAAACUAUCGUCCACGUUUUAGGACUGUAACCUUCAGACUAAAUGCAUGGUAUACGUUAAUAACCUUUAAAACAGAAAAUGAAGCAGCUUAUAUAUUAAAUUCAAAUCAUGCAUUUAUUUCACUGAACGAGUGUAACAAAAUCCACGUUAAAACUAUCACAAAUGAGUUAUUCUGUAUUUGUGGAAAAUAAACUUUUAACACUUUUAUUCUGAAAGGCGCGACCAGGAAGUAAUUUUAUGGAGAGCAGCGCGUGUUUCCUUUGAGUUUGUUUCCCUAGGCUACUGUCAGCUAGCCGCAAGCUAUGAACAGCUGUAGAAAAAUAUUCCGUACCAGCAAAUGGAGCUCCGGCUUGAACACCUUUCUCCCUCUGCUCAAACCGUGCACAAACUGCCGCCAGUGUCCGGAGGUAGCGCCAUGCCUCAGCCGGGGCCAGGCCACCGCCACCGAACACGCUCCGGGCUCCGACACAGAAGAGAAGCCCCGGCUGAGAGCGAUCGACCUGGCCAGGAAAAUCCAGCAGGAGAAGGAGAAGGAGAAGGAGAAGGAGAAGGCGAACCCCCAUGCUACAGAGGCACCGAUGUCCGCCCAACAGAAGAGAGUGAUGGAGCUGAAACGAUCAAGUCUGCAGCUUCAAAAUGUUCACCCCAACGUGCUGGCCAAAUACCUCCACAGAGGCGUGCUGUACCAGGAUAAAGAUGUAGUUGUCAUCAAUAAGCCCUAUGGUGUCCCCCUCCGAGAUGACACUGGGGUCAUGUCCAUCGCUUCUGUGCUUCCUGUCCUCUCCAAAAUGAUGGAUGGGAUGAAGAUCAAGUCUGACUCUCAGCUGUUCCCCUGUCUGGGACUGGAGAAGGAGGCAACAGGAGCUCUCCUACUAGCCAGGAGUGAGGAGGCAGUAGAGCACAUAUGUAACAUGCAGAGAAACAACGAUGUGCAGAGAAAAUACUGGGUCAUCACAGUCGGUGUGCCUGUGCCAUCUGAAGGAAUGAUCGACAUUCCCAUCAUAGAGAGAGAGGUCACAGGCCCUCAGCCACACUACAAGAUGGCGUUAAGUCCCCUUUUCAGAAUGAAUGAUGCAGGCGAUGGUGUGACCAAAGUCCGGAGCCAUCGUGAAGCCCAUUCUGCGGCAACAAAGUACAGAGUCCUGGACAGCAACAGCGGUUGCAGCCUUGUGGAACUCCAGCCUUUUACCGGAGUGAAGCACCAGGUGAGGGUUCACAUGGCAUUUGCUGUGUCAUGCCCCAUUCUUGGUGACCAUAAAUAUUCCCAUUGGAGUAAACUGGCACCGCAGAAAUUACCAGAACGAGUGUUGGGAAAGCUCGGCCUGGAACAGAGCAAAACACGCUAUGUUCCUCUGCAUCUGCAUGCUCGACAGCUGAUCAUGCCAGGAGCAAGUGAAGCAGAAAUCAACGUGUCUUGUCCCCUGCCUAAAUACUUCACACAAACACUGAAACGAUUGCAUCUAACUCUUCCUGAUGAAAAGGAGGAUAAAUAACAUCUUUACUUUUUGUCUCUGCAAUCCAGUGGAUGUCUGCAAGUAGUGGGCAUCAGCUGUGAAGGAUUUCACAUUGCUUCAUGGGGAAAAAAAAGACUAAAGUGUCUCCAUGGGGACAACAAAGUAUAUUGUUCUAUUCUAUAACCAUUUAAAUUAAAUGGAAAAUUAUAUUAAGCUGGGUUUUUGAGGGGCUGUCGUGUAAAAUGAUCAAACAGAAGAAACUGUGUAGAAAAAGACUAUGGUUGUAAGAAACACAUUUUAGUGAUAAAUGAAGCAGAACUAUAUUACGUCUAUUUGUCAUUAAUGCACAUGUAAGUUCUUUGUAGCUACCACUAAGUGAUGGAUGCUGUUAAUGUAAGAAGUCAAGCCAUAUAAAAGGUCCGCAACUAAUCUGCAUUUCAAAUAAGUUGCAUUUCCACAGACAACACAGCCCUAAAUACUUUUCAUUUUUAAAUUGACAUGUCUUGAUAUUGCAUUAGCUAAACAAAGAUGCUUCAAUCUGCAUAUCCUGUUUAAUACCCCUACUACAUAUACAUAGGUACAUAUAGGAAUAUGUUGCCAAAGAUCCUAGAUGGGUGUUUCAGUGGCUAGCAUUGACCUGAGAAAUGUUUCCAGUCUCCUGACUGACUAAAAUAUAGCACUUGAUCUUGUGAAAAUCUGAGGUUCAACUUGCUCAAUGAUCCACAAGCAUAAAUGUCAUUUAAAAAAAAAAAA